CGGUAUGCUGACCGGCUCCUGCCGGCCUCAGGGACCAGCGGGACGGGGUGCUGUGGCUCUGUGACCGGGGCGAAGGAGGAGGACAUCCCUGUCUUCAAGCGGAGACGGAGGUCCAGCUCCAUAGCGGCCUCGGAGAUGAUGAUGGCUCACGGCAAAUCGCACCGCCGGACGUCGCUGCCUUGCAUUCCGCGGGACCAGUCGUCGGGUACCAGCGUGGUGGUGGACAUCUCGGUGAUGGGUGAGGCCCACGGUUUGAUAUCAGACCUGCUGGCGGACCCCUCGCUGCCUCCCAACACCUGCAGCUCUCUAAAGGCUGUCAGCAGCCUCCUCAGCACCCAGAUUAGCCUCCAGCCGCUCCACCGGCCCCACAUGACGCCCGUCACGCACACCUGCUGCGACUCGGAGGACGGGCCCGAUAAGGCGGAGAGACUGGCCAUUCCGAAGCGUCUGAGGCGGAGUCUUCCCCCGGGAUUGCUGCGGAGAAUCUCGUCCACGUGGACCACCACCACCUCGGCCACCGGACUGCCCGCCAUCGAGCCCGGACCCGUACGGAGGGACCGCUCCGCCAGCAUCAAGUACACCACAGACGGGGAAUCAUGGAGGAACUCCGUCAUGACCACCAUCUGCAAGAGCCGCUCCAUGUCCGCCUCCUGCGCCGCCUCCAUCACCCUCAACCACUUCUGCAGCAAACCGCUGGGAAGACCAGGCUUCGUCCCCUCCAGCAUAUCCCCGCUGGGCUCGCCGUGCCCGUCCCCUCCCGCCCAGGGCACGCCAGCCUCCAGCCCCACCGUCAAGACGUGCUCGGUGCAGCUUCCUGAGCUGGUGGGGGUGACGCCGGCGGAGCAGACCCCGGGCUGUGACGUCUCCAAGAGCCGCCACCGAGCCUUAACUCACAGCCAGAGCGCGCCCGGCUCCACCACUCCUCACUGGCGGCCUCCGUCGCUCUGCAGCAGCUGCGGCAGGCCCUUCAACCACCGACUCAACCAUGGCGUGGAAUCUAUUGUCAAGAUGGAGAGAAUACCCCGUCCAGAUGAGCGUGCGAUCAUCUCAUCGGACUACGACAGCACGUACGACAGCACCUACGAGACCAACCACAGUGACAGCAGCGACUUUGCACAGAACGAGGAAGAGGCGGACGCCGGCAAGAAGCCGUCCGAGGCGAGGGAAGGUUGCAGGGAGUACGUGGCCGAGGGCAUCGUCCUGCACCCCCUCCUGCCAUCGCCCGAGGACAAGCUCAUGUUGGCUCCGGAGCCCCUGCUGAUGGAUCCUCUCAUGAGUCAACUCGACAUUUGGAAUUUUCCCAUUUUCAGUUUAGUGGAGAAGACUCACGGCAAGACAGGCUGCAUCCUCAGCCAGGUGUCCUACAAGCUCUUCGAAGAUUCGGGCCUGUUUGAGACCUUCAAGAUUCCUUUGGCAGAGUUCAUGAACUACUUUCACGCUUUGGAGAACGGAUACAGAGACAUCCCCUAUCACAACAGGAUCCACGCCACUGAUGUGCUGCACGCCGUCUGGUACCUCACAACGCAGCCCGUGCCCGGCCUGCCCCCGCCCCUGACUGAAAACGGCAAAUACAACGACUCGGCGAACGGCAUGACCCCCGGUGCCGCCGCCUUUCUGUCAUCUAAGAUGAGCGCCGCGCCGGAGGAAGGCUACGGCUCCUUGUCCGCCCUCAUCCCGGGCCUGGAGCUGAUGGCGUUGUACGUGGCCGCCGCCAUGCACGACUACGACCACCCGGGAAGAACCAACGCCUUUCUAGUAGCCACCAGUGCGCCGCAGGCUCUUCUUUACAACGACCGCUCGGUCCUGGAAAACCACCACGCCGCUUCGGCGUGGAACCUCUUCAUGUCCCGCCCGGAGUACAACUUCCUGGUCAACCUGGAGCAUGUGGAGUUCAAGCGCUUCCGCUUCCUCGUCAUCGAAGCCAUCUUGGCCACCGACCUCAAAAAGCAUUUUGACUUCCUGGCUGAGUUUAACGUCAAGGUGGGUGACGACGGGGUGUCUGGCAUCGACUGGUCAAACGAAAACGACCGAUUGCUGGUGUGCCAGAUGUGCAUCAAGCUGGCCGAUGUCAACGGACCUCUGAAGUGUAAGGAGCUGCACUUGCAAUGGACUGAGGGGAUCGUCAAUGAGUUCUACGAACAAGGUGACGAGGAAGCAAGCCUGGGCCUUCCCAUCAGCCCCUUCAUGGACCGCUCUGCACCGCAGCUCGCCAAACUCCAGGAGUCCUUCAUCACUCACAUAGUGGGACCCCUCUGCUCCUCCUACGGCUCCGCUGCCCUGAUGCCGGGUCACUGGGUCGACCCGCCGGACGGGCAGAUGGAGCUGGACGAUGCAAAGGAGGGUGGCGAUACGGAGGAGGAUGAGGAGGACCCGGUCGAGGAUGAUGGUUCGGACUCUUCCCAGAGGCAGAGGAUGAAGAAGGACGGUCGGAGGACGGUGUUCUGCCAGAUCACGCAGCAUCUCCUGGAGAACCACGAAAUGUGGAAGAGAGUCAUCGCCGCCGAAGUCCAGGAGGCCGAGGUCCAGGACCCGAUCACGGCCAUACACGAGGAAGAGGAGGAACAAGCGAGCCGAGACGAGGAGGAGGAGUUGACUGACUGUUUGGAUCAAAUUGACGACACGCCAACUGUAGAUGAAGAGGACGUCCUCUCAGCAGGUGACAAAGAGGAGGCAUCCCAGUAAUAACACCGACAACCUUUUUUCGAACUCUCGCUACGUUAGCCAGCACAUGACUUUGACACGACACUGUAGAAGAGGUUUUUUUGCUCAGUUGUGCCUAACAAAAACAGGGUUUUUGACCAGGAAGAAGCAAAAGAAGUGACCUCGCUGGACACAGAGACAAAAAAAACAAACAUAAUAAUUUAUGUUGAAGUAGUAGUACUCCAUAUUUCUGUAUAUGUACAAACAUGCACCCCACCCCCUCCAUCGGUGAGUAAUACACUGUCACACUGCCUUGCUACUGAGCCCCUUCCUCUGGCGGACAAUGGGGUUCAAGUCAGGAAAAAGCUGGUUCCGCUGAGGCUCGGUCAGGUUGGGGAAAAAAAAAAAAAAAAAAAGGGGCGUACUUUGCGUCUGGAAACAUACACGGUUGUGUUUACAAUACAAUGCUAUAUCGGGCACGCAUUCUGUAUAAGACGUUAAAGAGGAACUGCACUUUUUUUUGGGAAUUUUGCCUAUCAUUCACAUUCCUUUUUUCAGACAUUUUUCUUUUUUGUAAAAUAUGGCAAGUAUGAGGUGGCUAACAAUGCAGCUAAUAAGAACUCUAUUCCGCCCAAAAAGCCCUCUAAAAAAACUUCCAAAAACCGCCAACAAUACUAAAUUUACAUCUUUCGACCUGAAAAAUUAACCAAGUAUUAGCGAUGUUGUUAUUAUAACUGCUAACGCAUGCUAUUGUAUUUUUCGCACCAACAAAAUUUUAGGAAAAAAAAAAGUUUCCCAUAUAUAGGGAGUGUAAGUUACAAAAUUACUUGUUUGGAUUGAAAUAUUUUCAAUGUUUAUUUACAUUAUAUCUUCAUUACUUCCAAACGGUGUCAGUAACAAGGCAGUAAAACGGUUGGUCAAACAAAACGGAAGCUCGCGCUCCAAUCAGCUAAACAGACUCAAUAACUCCACGGUGACAUUUUGGUGAAUUUACUGAGGAAUUUGUGAAACUCAAACAAUACAAAAAUAUUUUGCCUAUCAAUCUCAAUCCUUAUUUAAGACAAGAACACCUUUUUCUUUUUUUGUAAAAUAUGGCAAUGCAGCUAAUGAGAACUCUUUUCCGCCCAAAAAGUUCUGUAAAAAAACCUCCAACAAUACUAAAUUUACAUCUCGCGACCUGAAAAAUUAACCAAGUAUUAGCGAUGUUAUUAUUAUAACUGCUAACGCAUGCUAUUGUAUUUUUCGCACCCACAAAAUUUUAGGAAAAAAAAAAAGUUUCCCAUAUAUAGGGAGUGUAAGUUACAAAAUUACUUGUUUGGAUUGAAAUAUUUUCAAUGUUUAUUUACAUUAUAUCUUCAUUACUUCCAAACGGUGUCAGUAACAAGGCAGUAAAAUGGUUGGUCAAACAAAACGGAAGCUCGCGUUCCAAUCAGCUAAACAGACUCAAUAACUCCACGGUGACAUUUUGGUGAAUUUACUGAGGAAUUUGUGAAACUGA